AUGCAGAGGGUGAUAAGUUGCAUGUUGAUUCUGGGUUUUGUUUCAGGCACUUUGUGUCUGAGCAGCAAUGCUCAAAUGAAGUAUUCGAAUGUGAUGGACUAUGGAGCUCAUGGCGAUGGCACAACUGAUGAUUCAAAUGCAAUUUUAAAUGCAUGGAAUGGUGUGUGUGGAGGGGAAGGACCAGCAACUCUAUUGAUACCUUCAACCAAAACCUUUUUGGUGAAAAGAUUAAAGCUAAAUGGUCCUUGCAAGGCCCCAAAUGUAGCCAUUAAGGGUGGAUCAGGCUAUGCAAGAAAGAUCACGUUUGAGGAAAUCAUACUUCAAGAUGUUAAGAAUUCAAUCAUUAUAGACCAGUACUACGACAUUAAAACUCAAAGUGAAGGGGAAAGUGCGGUGAAGGUGAGUGAAGUGAGUUAUCGAGGCUUCAAUGGAACUUCUGCAAGUGAUAAGGCAAUCAACGUGAACUGUAGCCCAUCUGGUUGUUCCGACAUUUCAAUGGAUCAAAUAUACAUUGUCUCUUCACAACCAUCCAGAAAAGCCUAUGCUUUUUGCCAGAAUGCUAAAGGGACCAUUGGAAACACUGUUCCAAAAGUAUCUUGUGUAUGA